AUCACAACCCCAGAGAGCCUCUCCUGCUGCUCAAGGCCAGCCCCGGAGGCUGCCCACUGCCCACCUUCCUCAUUCCUUACUGGGGCAGGGCUGGGUGGGGCCGGAGAAGGGCAGUGAGUCAGGGCUAAUGGCCCAGGACAAAGGUCGGGUGGGGCGCCCCAACACCCCCAUCCCGGUAUUCCUGGGCGGGGCAGGUCCCGCUGCUUCUGCGCCUGCCGCUCAGACCUCGCCAGACCUCCUGGCACCACCGCAGAAGCAGCCAUGGACCCCAAGAAGCAUGGUCAUCCCAAGCCUCCGGGGGCGCCUCACCAUCCAAAGCAAGGCCAUGGCAGCUCCUCGGACUCCAGCAGCAGCUCCAGCGACUCGGACUCGGAUGGCAAGCAUCACGCUGCUGGCUCCAAGCCCAAGCCACACGAUGGCACCCCGGGCAAGAUCAAGAAACCCAAGGUGAAGAAAAACAAGGAUAAGAGCAAGAAGCCCUCCCACUGAUGAGGCACAGCCCGGUUCAUUAAAAACCUCUCCCUGC